AUGGAUAGUGUGUAUGCAUUUAUGGAUUAUUGUGCACAAGGACAAACCAUCGACUACUUAUGGGCAGACAUCAGGACACCUCUGAAAGGAAGCCUAACACCAUUCAAUGUGUAUGUGACAUUGUCGAGGGCACAAGGCCGAUCAAAUGUACGAUUGCUGCAAGACUUCAAAGACAGCCUCUUCAUGACAACACCAUGUGAGGUGUUAGAACAAGAAGACAAACAAUUAAUGAAUCUCAAUAGAGAAACUAAGCAAGACUGGGAAAGAAGGCAAGGACGAAGAGGACAGAAGAUGGAUGGCUAG